UCAACAACUUAACAAUUUCGUUUCAUUGCUGAACUCCCAUAACCAGAAAUUCCCUCAAAAACCUCACCAGAGCCUUCAUUUUCCUAAUGGCAGCAACCACCAUGGCAAGCCAAGUGAAUGUCUUAGUGCCCUACCCAAGGUCACUAUGGGACAUGAUGAUCCCCGAAGACCCGUUUAGAAUCCUCGAAAACACACCACUCGCCGUCCCCAAGACCACCGAGCCGGUGGCAUUGGCCCGUGCCGACUGGAAAGAAACACCGCGGUUCCACGUCAUCGCUGCCGACAUCCCGGGGAUGAAGAAGGAAGAUGUGACGAUCGAGGUGGAAGAGAACCGGGUGUUGAUGAUCAGAGGCGAAAGAAAAGAGGAACAGGAAGUGGAAGGAGAGAAGUGGCACAGAGCGGAGAGGACGGACGGGAAAUUCUGGAGGCAGUUC